GGCAGCAGCCAGCUAUUAUAAAAAGCGACAGCGCUCUGGCGCGAGGGGACACAUAGCGCUGAGCUGGGACGCUGGCCCUGACCACCUGCGCUGGUUCUGCCUGGACCCCCACCCGCACCCCACCCGGACCCCCGCCUGCCCUAAGCCAUGUCCCCCCCACCUCUCUCGUGGCUGCUCCGCUUGGCUGCCCUCUGCCAUCUGACCAUGCUGCUGGCCGGACAGCACCUUGGUGUGAAGAAAUGCGUCGUCACAUGCAACAAGAUGACCUCGGAGAUCCCCCUGGACCGUCUAAUCCACUACCAGCGAAAUCAGGAGUCGUGCGGCAAACGCGCCAUCAUCCUGGAGACCAAGGCGCACAGGUACUUCUGCGCUAACCCAAUGGAGAAAUGGGUCCAGAAUGCUAUGGAGCAUUUAGACCGCCAGGCUGCUGCUCUGACUCGAAAUGGCGGCACAUUCGAGAAGCAAAUCGGUGCAGGUGAGCCCAGGACCACCCCGGCCGCCCGGGCGAUGGAAGAAUCCGCAGUCGCAGAGCCCAAAGCCACAGGAGAGAGCAGUGGCCAGGAGGCACAGAGGGCCCUGGGGACUUCCCCAGAGCUGCCAACAGGAGUGGCUGGCACCUGGGCGACUGGCUCCCCCUCCAUCACAAGGGCUCCAGACGGUGAGCCUCCAGCGGGGCCUGAGAGAACAGAGCUUUCCGGCGGGGCUGCCGUCACCACCACCACACCUUGGCCAGACUCUGCUGCAGACCAACCAGAGUCAGGCCUCUGGGUUGCAGGCAAGGCCCCCUCCACCCAGGCCCCCCCCACCCAGGCCGCCUCUUCCCAGGCCCCCACCAUGUCACACACAGCCCCAGAGGACAGCGCUGGAUCUGAAGGCCAAUCUGUGUGGGUCAAGGAGCAAGACCCCGUACCAGAGAACUCUCUAGGGCCCCAGGAAAAGGGUCCCGUCUCAGCUCACACAGAUGCUUUCAUGGGGCCUGGCAGCUUGCCCCAUGUCUCCGUGGGCCCUGUCUCCUCUGAGGGGGAUCCCAGCAGGGAGCCGGUGGCCUCAGGGAGCUGGGCCCCCAAGGCCGAGGAGACCAUCCACGCCACGGUGGACCCCCAGAGGCUGGGCGUCCUCAUGACCCCUGUCCCUGACUCCCAGGUGGCCACCCGGAGGCAGGCGGUGGGGCUGCUGGCCUUCCUUGGCCUCCUCUUCUGUGUGGGGGUGGCCAUGUUUGCCUACCAGAGCCUUCAAGGCUGUCCCCGCAAGAUGGCAGGGGAGAUGGUGGAGGGGCUCCGUUACGUCCCCCGGAGCUGCGGCAGCAACUCGUACGUCCUGGUGCCAGUGUGAGCCCUCCACCUGCCUGCAUCCACCGUUCAAUUCAGACAGCUGCCUGGGGCCCCCCAUCCUCACACCCACCCUCACCAGGGGCCUGAGCUGAGCUGGGAUGACCAGAGCAGAUGGGACUGCUCCCAGCUCCCAGAGGCCACCCUUGACCAUCCUUGACUUCUGGGGACAGAGUGUUGACUUCUACAACUACCCCACUGUCCCCAAGUCAGGAAAUUCUCCUCUGCUGCUGGCUGGUUAGAGGCUCCCUGCCCCGACGAACAACUAUUUAUUAAACACCUGCCCCGUCUGCCCCGUUUCCCCACGUGGGCAUUUGGUCAUCCCAUCUCACGCGUGAGCCUCAGGCCUGGCCCCUCCGCCACCCCCUCCCGCCCUCUCCCUGUCUCCUGGUCCCGCUGCAGUCGCUAGUCCCCCUCCCCCCGGCCACCUGCGGUGCUAUCUUCCCUGUCCCUGCACUGAGCCCGCCCCCAGCCUGAGCUGGGGACCUGUCUUUUCUUGCAUGAGGCUGGCGUGGUGUUCCUGGGACUACCGCCAGCAAAGUCGCUGCCUCUGUCAGGCCGUGGCGCGGGGAAGGGAGAUGAAGUUCCCCGGGGCUUUGACUUCUUUCUGCCUCAGUCUGUGCACACCCUGCAGGAAUGCUGGCUGUGAGUGUGAGGCUGGGGGUCUCGGCCCCAGGUUCCCUACCGACCCCACAAGGCAUUUGUACCUCUGACUUCCCAUAAUGAAAGGAAAUAGGGAUGAAGAGUAUGUGGCAAUAACCGGGACCCCCGCCAGGCUCCCGAAGUGGCCCAGAGACCCCUUCCCCCAAAUAGGUGCAGCCUCACUACCUUGGUCAGCAUUGUGGACUCCCAGAGCGGGGCCUGGGUCCUUGCGAGGUGCAGACCAACUGGGGAGGCCUUCCCAGGCCUUGAAAACAUCCCUGCCCUGUGGCCGGCAGGCUCACAGGACACAGAGGCAGCCGAGGGCCAGGCCCAAGGAGGGAGGGAAGCCUGCAGGCUCCUGGGGAGACAGAAGCCCUUCCAGAAAGGAGCUGGGUGGCCACAGGAGCAGCUACCCUCCUGGCUAGGAACUUGCACAGUGAUCUGGUCCGGUGUCCCCUGAUCCCUAUGGGGCCUAAGUCCAGCAUUUUUCUUUUCUUCCUGAGACCUGACUCCCCUUCUCUCUUACUCCCUGAAAACACUGUUUUCUGAGCCUCAGAAUCUCUCUUCACCUUUGCCCGCAUCUGACACAGUAUCAGGAAUUUCCAUGAUGUUUUCAAGGAGACCAGAACCCACCACUGAAACCUGAGGUUGCCGUGUUUAUUUCUGAAAGGGCCUCUGUCCCGUGGGGAGCGUCUACCAGCGGGAGGGAAGUUGUGGCCAAAGUCAGAGCUUCUCUUUUUCGCUGUGCUGCGGAGGAAGGAGGCAGGCCUGGAUAAAGCUGGAGUCUGACUGAGCAGAUAGGACUCUGCCCCUCAGGCGGCCCUUGCCCUCCACCGGAGGAGCCUCCUGGACCAGCAUUCCCGCCAGGUGCAAUGAUGCUUCUUUGCAGAUGAACCUCAGCACAGGCCUGGUCCAGAACAGAAACCAGGCUGCCCUGCCCACCCGGCCUUCUUUACCUCCUUUCGGGCAUGUGCAGGAAGUUUAAGCCUGGCUGAACUUGGGGUUCAUUCGAAUGGUCCAGAGACGGGGUCAUGAGUUUUGAAUGCUCUUUUUCAGACUCCUGCAAGCUGGGAGAGCCUUCCAGAGGCAGGGCGACCAUGAUGGGGCUGCCUUCCUUACUUAAUAAAGCAGCUGGGGCAGCUGGUCCCCUCGCAUGGAUUUGUUAGUUCUCCCAAGCAGGAUAUGGACAAGGACAAUUUGAGGAGGACCUUUGGAAAGAACUGGUUGAUCCUUUUGCUUUUCCAACCCUAUCACCAAUGUCUGUGCCAUUUUGUAUUUUACUAAUAAAAUUGAAAAGUCUUGUGAAUCAAAUAAAGGGCCUUUUUCUAAGGUGAACUCACAGGCAGAGCCCCAGAGGCGGGUGGCCUGAGGGAGAGGACCUGGAGGCUCAGCCCUGGAGACAGUAGCCCUGGGGCUGGGUGGGGUAUUGCGUUCCUUCAGGUGACAUUGGCUGGUGCCUUCCCCUCUCUGGGCUUAUAGAAACGCAGGUGUGAGACUCCUCUUCCCAGCUCCCAUCCUAGUAAGAAUCAGAACUCCCGUGACGUUGGCAACCCACGAGCCUCUCCCGUGUCCACUUCACAAACAUCACCGUGAGUGACCUACUGAUCUGUUGGAACAAAUGCACCGUGUUUUCCUGUUUGCUGCCUUGAUUCACACCUGGUCCAGAUGGAGAUGGAAGAGGGUUUGCUUCUCCAGGGACUUGGGUUUCAUAGAUAUGACUCCAGUACAAAGUCUCGGGGGUUCCCAGGCCCUCCAGUGUCCUGGGCUGAUGUCAUGAGGGUUGCUCAGUCUGGUGGUAUAGGUUAGGAACUGCACAAGGAGCCAGAAGCCCAGCCUACUGAUGUACAGUAGCUCUUAAAUGCCAAGACACACAUUUUCUUCACACUGGGACAUCUUUAGAAUUGGCGUUGGCCUUACCAUCAAUGACUUGUCAUGGUUUACUUGCCAGGUCUUUUUUCUUUCUUAGUAGUGUAUUAAUACCAGAAUGUCUUACAAUCAAUGACAUUGUAGAUCUAAUAUUUACAUGUUUGUUUGUUUUUUUUUUUUUCAAA